GACGCUCCCACCAGCCACACGCACGACCUCGCACCGGCCUCCGCCGCUAUAUAAGGCGCAGCCGGGAUCUUGGUACAACGCCGUGCAUACAUUCCGCCUCUUCCCUCCCUCCUUCGGUUCCUCGGCCUCCCGAUCGAGCAGUAGAAGCAGCGCAAGGGCACCGCUAGCACUAAAGGAAUGGCGGCCGAGACGUUCCUCUUCACGUCCGAGUCUGUGAAUGAGGGCCAUCCCGACAAGCUCUGUGACCAGGUCUCCGACGCCGUCUUGGAUGCCUGCUUGGCGCAGGAUGCCGACAGCAAGGUUGCCUGCGAGACUGUCACCAAGACCAACAUGGUCAUGGUCUUGGGCGAGAUCACCACUAAGGCCACCGUCGACUACGAGAAGAUCGUGCGCGACACCUGCCGCAACAUCGGCUUCAUCUCUGAUGAUGUUGGUCUCGACGCCGACCGUUGCAAGGUGCUCGUCAACAUCGAGCAGCAGUCCCCUGACAUUGCCCAGGGUGUUCACGGACACUUCACCAAGCGUCCCGAAGAGGUCGGCGCCGGUGACCAGGGCAUCAUGUUCGGCUAUGCCACCGACGAGACCCCUGAGCUGAUGCCCCUCAGCCACGUGCUUGCCACCAAGCUCGGAGCUCGCCUCACCGAGGUCCGCAAGAAUGGCACCUGCGCCUGGGUUAGGCCUGACGGAAAGACCCAGGUCACUGUCGAGUACCUAAACGAGGAUGGUGCCAUGGUACCUGUUCGUGUGCACACCGUCCUCAUCUCCACCCAGCACGACGAGACCGUCACCAACGACGAGAUUGCCGCGGACCUCAAGGAGCAUGUCAUCAAGCCGGUGAUCCCCGCGAAGUACCUCGAUGAGAACACCAUCUUCCACCUGAACCCGUCUGGCCGCUUCGUCAUCGGCGGCCCUCACGGUGACGCCGGUCUCACCGGCCGCAAGAUCAUCAUCGACACCUAUGGUGGCUGGGGAGCCCACGGCGGCGGUGCCUUCUCUGGCAAGGACCCAACCAAGGUCGACCGCAGUGGCGCCUACAUUGCCAGGCAGGCCGCCAAGAGCAUCAUCGCCAGCGGCCUCGCACGCCGCUGCAUUGUGCAGAUCUCAUACGCCAUCGGUGUGCCUGAGCCUUUGUCUGUGUUCGUCGACUCCUACGGCACCGGCAAGAUCCCCGACAGGGAGAUCCUCAAGCUCGUGAAGGAGAACUUUGACUUCAGGCCCGGGAUGAUCAGCAUCAACCUGGACUUGAAGAAAGGUGGAAACAGGUUCAUCAAGACCGCUGCUUACGGUCACUUUGGCCGCGAUGAUGCCGACUUCACCUGGGAGGUGGUGAAGCCCCUCAAGUUCGACAAGGCAUCUGCCUAAGAGCAUGGCGUUCUCUUGGUCUGCCGCCUCUCAAGUUCGUCAAGACGGGAUCAUGUUGCUCCUGGGAAGUGAGAAGAAGCAUUAGAUAUUGAAGCGACGCUCUACACUGGUCUUGUUGUAUGGUAGUCAGUGCUAAGUUUCUUAUUGUCAUUUCAUAUAUUUAUCCUUUCCAUUUUGAGUCGCUGAAACUGCUGAGCGAUGUGCAGUUUGCUCUGCUAGUCGCUCUGUCACUUUCACUUAUCAUAUUCUUUGUUGUGUAGUUCCCUCAUAAUGCUCUUUCUUCCUGAGUCUUGGAAAGAUAAUAAAGAGCGAUGUGUAAUUCUAUUGCUCUGUUCUC